UUCAGGAAAAACUUAGCAAAAUUCGUCAACAAAAAUGUUAUUUGAGACUUCAUAACUAACAACUAAAGGGAAGAGGUAUAAAAUUAGUGAACAUGAUGAAUGCCUUGGAUGCCUUUGGGAUGGCCAUUGGCUGGAUGGACAUUGUGGGCGUGUUUUUCUUCGAGGUGAUAAUGUUCUAUAUGAUGAGACGCCGUCGCUUGGCAAAGGACAUAGAAGACGUCUCAAUUGAAGCUCAAAUGGAAAGCAAAAGAGAUCCAUUGCCCAACCUGUUAAGCAGAAAAAGGCUGACUGAGAGCGAAAACGUUUGGAUAUUUUGGGGCUACCUGUUGAUGCUGAAUGUCUGGGUUGUGAUUACACUGCUCAUGAUUGCUGGCAUCUCAUUGCACAAACCGGAGCUUAUGGUGUUUUGGUUGAUUUGGUGCGCCUGUGGCCUGGUCUUCGAUGUCCUCUUCAUUUUCUGGUGGGUCUACGAACUUUUUGUGGGCGAUGUCAUCGAAGCGCUGACCAAUAUUUUGAUCUCUCUGCUAACUAUGGGAAUUGAAUUUGGCUUCAUCUAUGUCAUUUAUACCAUCUACUUGAACUUGUCCAACGAACCAAUGAACUUAGCAACGAUGAGUUCAAUGUGGGCGAAAAGUUAGAAAAGUCCCUAAGGAUGAUCUCUAAUCCAAAGAAAUACAUUUAAAUUUGUUGAUUUCGUUUUUAGAAGUUAAAUUAAAUUGAAAAAAU